AUGAAUGACGGUACACUCGACAUUCAUGGAGAGAAGGUUCCGUCGCGAAAUGUAGGAGGUGUUGGUUUUGUUGUGCACCCAUGUGUCGCUCAUCUUUUCGACUCUCACGAGAUCCUGUCACCUCGUCUGGCCAAUAUUCGCCUCCGCCCUUUGCGCCAAAAACUCAUCAGUAUCAUCAACUGCUACUCAAGAACAUCCGCAGCUAAUGAAUCCAAAUUGGACGCGUUUUACGAGGAGCUGGAGGAGGUAAUCCGCAACGAGAAGUCCUUCUACAAAUUCGUUGUCGGAGACUUCAACGCAAAACUAGGAAAGGCCACAGGAGAGGAGUACAGGAUUGGAAGAUUUGGACUAGGGUACCGGAAUGAAAAUGGCAAUUGUCUCGCCGGGCUGUUGUCCACCGUUCCCCUCUUUCAUGGGAAUUCUCUUUUCAUGAAAAAAGAUCAUCGUAGGUGGACAUGGGAAUCGCCCAAUGGCGCGACUCGUGCGGAGAUCGACCACAUACUCACAAACUGGAGGUGGUGUCUACUUGACGUCUCAGUAGUACCAUCCUUUUGUACUGGUUCUGAUCACCGUCUCCUUCGUGCGAAAAUACGACUUAGCCACAUGAUGGGAAAGAACACCUGCUAUCGGCAACGAUGGAGAAAAGAAAUCGUCUACGACGAUUGCGUACUCGAGGACUUCUUGUCCCAAGGUGGCUGUCACAUCGAGGAGGACCCAAAUGUGGACUACGAAAUGCUGCUCAGAGGAUUACGUGCCUGA